UUUUCACCAAAGCCCUAGCGCCGUCGCCUCCGCUGCUCGCCACCUCCUCUCCUCCUCCCCCAACCAGCCGCAGCCAGCCAUGGCGAACGUCGGCGUGGGGACGAAGGUGGCCGCCGCCGCCGCCGGGCAGCCGAAGAAGAGGACGUUCCGCAAGUUCAGCUACCGCGGCGUGGACCUCGACGCGCUCCUCGACAUGUCCACCGACGACCUCGUCCAGCUCCUCCCCGCCCGCGGCCGCAGAAGGUUCCAGAGGGGGCUGAAGAGGAGGCCCUUGGCGCUCAUCAGGAAGCUGCGCAAGGCGAAAAGGGAGGCACCAGCCGGUGAGAAGCCAGCGCCUGUGAAGACUCAUGUGCGCAACAUGAUCAUCAUACCAGAGAUGAUAGGCAGCCAAAUUGCAGUGUACAAUGGAAAAACCUUCGUCGUAAAUGAGAUCAAGCCCGAGAUGAUUGGCCACUACCUCGCCGAGUUCUCCAUCAGCUACAAGCCCGUCAAGCACGGAAGGCCCGGUAUCGGCACCACCCACUCCUCGAGGUUCAUUCCUCUCAAGUGAAAGGAUCCCGCGGCCUGCGAGCCCUCGGCGGACUCUAUGUACCUCUUCCUGGAGUGAACGCCGUGUAUGCCCGUUUUGUCUGAAGUGGAAGAACUUGUAGUAUAUCUAUCUAGUGGAAGCAUGAGGUGGAACUUCUGGUAUGUCUAUCUAGUGGAACUUCUAGUGUGUCUAUCUAGUGGAAUUUUGGGAACCCAUGUAUGGGAAAUUGGGGAA